AUGACUUCAGGUUUAUCAGACAGUACUGUGGUGCAUAGAUCCCAUGGCCAGAAUUCUAUUAUCAGUUCUUUGUCCACCAUGAACGGUUCUGAUCGUUCUCACAUACCUCAAAGCUCAGGCAUUUGCAAAACUUUCGGGACGCCAAAGACGAGCUGGAACAGGAAUAUCUGGGGAAACAACACACUGGGAGGUGGGUUUGGCGAUGGGUCAGUCGAUAGUGGUAGAGUACAAGGCCACAAGAAUCGUGGGUCUAUCGCUGAGGUUCCAAUUGAAGGGAAAACUGGAUCUGGGUCUCUGUUAUCGACUUCAGAGUCUGAUGUUUGGGCGGAACCUCCCAGCUUGCCCUGGGAGUCAGUGUCCACCUUAAGGGGUACCCUGGCGAAUCAUGCAGGUCAAGUUCUUCCUAAUGAUCGAAGUACUCUGCUGACCAUGAACGACAUUUCUGGAGGCACUUCCUCUCCAUACUUUCCCGCCUCUUGCUCCUCAGCCCUGGGCCAGCAGUCCCACACUUCAAGCAAUAAGUCAUUCAUGGUGCAGCCCGACAUACUUCACUCAUCCGCAACCCAAGACUCUCCUGGUAUGGUAGGUUUUUAUGGCUAUAGACCUGAAGAAGCUAUUCGCCGUCACAUCAACGGCCCUCCCUUUCAUAACAAUAUAGGCUCACGCCUACAGAUCAAAUCGGGGCUCCCCUUAGGCGACAUGGAAACCCCAUUAUCCGAGAAUGGCAUCAAUCCUCUGAGCUCCCAAUCGUUCUCCCCAAAUGGAGUCGAUCAGAUUUUAAGGACAAGAGAGCAAACACCCUAUGGACACGUCUCCCACAACUCUGUUUCUAUAAUGUCACAGCGACCUGCGCACUCAGCUCAUCCAUCUUUCCACUCCGAUUCUCAUGGAAGCGACCCUAGAUAUCGUGGUCCCCAAAACUAUCUUACUUCUGGUAUUGGUAAGUUUCAUUUGCAGAGUGGUUAUAAUUAUAAUCACCAAACUGCACCCCACAGGCCACCCUACCAUUCACACGUCUCGUACGAACCGUCGUCAAGUCGACUUAAGCCUUACUUGGCAGAUGAUGGAACUGGUUCUUUCCCGGCUGAUGAUGCGUUUGAUUUCCAAGCCAAUCAUCCAUUUGGUGCACCCCGUUUGAAUGAUAGAGGCCCCGCUUCACCCUCUGUCAGUGACUAUACUCGCAGCGCGCAUAGCUUUUAUUCGGCUGGAGGGACUCCAUCAACUAAUUCUCAGUUCCGGACCUCUUCUGGGAGUCGUCUGAUAGGGCAAUUGCCAAAUGGGCAAGCAGAGCUUUUAGAGCGAAAGGUCCGGAGCUUCAAGGAAGAACAAGAAUUCUUGCAGUCUACGGCGAACCUGCUUCAAGCACGCUUCUCCCUUGCUCAAGACUAUGGAUACUCGGGAUAUCAAGGAGUCCCUAGAGUGAACCUUCGUUCCAACUAUUAUCCAGUUGCCUCGUUUAAUGGACUUGGGCCUGCGUCCAUUUUAUCUAGGGUCCCUCAUCGUGAUCAGGAUCCAUUUCAAGUUGUCCGCAGUCCUCUUCUCGAGGAGUUCAGAACGAACAACAAAAAUAACAAACGAUACGAACUGAAGGAUAUUUAUAACCAUAUUGUUGAGUUCAGCGGUGACCAACACGGGUCACGGUUUAUUCAACACAUGUUGGAGUCUGCAAAUAGUGAUGAAAAGGAUCAAGUUUUCCGUGAGAUCCAGCUUAAUUCGCUUCAACUCAUGACAGAUGUCUUUGGCAACUAUGUCGUGCAGAAACUUUUUGAGCAUGGUAACCAGUCGCAGAAGAGGAUACUGGCAAACCAAAUGAAGGGUCACAUCCUUGCACUGUCGACACAGAUGUACGGUUGUCGGGUUGUUCAAAAGGCUUUGGAACAUAUCCUAACGGACCAGCAAGCGUCAAUGGUGAAAGAACUCGAGAACCACGUUUUGAAAUGCGUUAAAGAUCAAAAUGGCAACCAUGUCAUCCAGAAAGCAGUGGAAAGGGUCCCCACUGUUCAUAUCCAGUUCAUCAUCAAUGCCUUUAAGGGACAGGUCCACCGGUUGGCAGCCCACCCCUACGGCUGCAGAGUCAUCCAACGGAUGCUGGAACACUGCAACGAAGGAGACCGUCAAGCCAUACUUGCAGAGCUCCAUUCUUGUUCUGCCGGCCUUAUCCCGGACCAAUUUGGCAAUUACGUUAUUCAGCACAUUCUUGAAAAUGGCGAGGAACAUGACAAGGUGAAAAUAAUCUCGAUUGUUAUCUCUCAGCUGCUCGUGUUUUCGAAACACAAGUUUGCCAGCAAUGUGGUUGAGAAGAGCAUUGAGUUUGGUGCAGAGGACCAGAGAAAGGAAAUUCUGCAACUUCUGACAACGCCAAAUGAUCGGGGGGAGAAUCCACUCCUGGGUCUCAUGAGGGAUCAGUAUGGCAACUAUGUCAUUCAGAAAGUUCUAGGUCAACUUAAGGGUUCGGAACGCGAGAAUCUCGUCUCGCAGAUAGAGCCGCAGUUGAUCCAUCUCAAGAAAUUCAGUUAUGGAAAGCAGAUCGUCGCCAUCGAGAAGCUUAUCUAUGAUUCACGCGCCAACGGAAUUACGUCCGCUGAGACUCCCAUAACUCGCCAUAAGUCCGAAUCUCAUCCAUCUUUGAGUGAACUAGACAUCUCCACGUCCAGCGAUGAUAACAACCGUGCACCCGCAUCCCCCACUGUCGGCAGCACUCAGAGUUCCCGAGGAUCCAGUUCUGUUCUAAGCACAAGCACAAGUGUUGUCGAAAGUUCUACGGAUCAACAGAAGCAAAGUCUUUUCUCUUCUGCCGCCACUACUCCGAUGUCAGAGCGCAAUGAAGGACAUAGCAGCCUCUGA